CACAGAGGUCAAAUGCUUUCAUCAGUCCUGAAGAAGAGAGGAGUCAGGCCCUGCUACGUGUGUUGAUCUGCUUGUGCUCUGGACCAUGGACUCAUUGAGAGUUUCCCUAGUGUGAAAAAUGUCCAACAGCAACCGGGAAUUAGUGAUUGACUUUGUUUCCUACAAGCUCUCGCAGAAGGGGUACAGCUGGAGCCAGCUGCAGGAAGAGGAUGAGAACAGGACGGACUUUGCAGGAGAGCCCGAGAUGGACGGUGUCCUCAACGGGAGCCCGUCCUGGCACCCCCCUGGCAGCCACAUAGUGAACGGAGCCGCUCUGCACCGGAGCAGCCCCGAAGCGCAUGGGGUUGUCCCAGCCGCUGACGUGAGGCAGGCGCUGAAAGAGGCGGGCGACGAGUUUGAGCGGGGGUUCAGCGACCUCCCCUCGCAGCUGCACAUCACCCCCGGCACGGCCUACCAGAGCUUCGAGCAGGUGGUGAACGAACUGUUCCGCGACGGCGUCAACUGGGGUCGCAUCGUGGCUUUCUUCUCCUUCGGCGGGGCGCUGUGCGUGGAGAGCGUCGACAAGGAGAUGCGGGUAUUGGUGGGACGCAUUGUAGCGUGGAUGACCACGUACUUGACCGACCAUCUAGAUCCCUGGAUUCAAGAGAACGGCGGAUGGGUAAGAGCUCUUCUCCCGGGGGGUGGCUCCCUGUGUCCCGCUCGUUGGAGAGCGUCGGUGCCACUGGUCAUGCUGAAGCAGGUGGCAGCUCGGUGCCCUGUGUGUGCUAGCACGGGGUAA